AUGUCGACGUCUCGCAGCAAGGUGAUGUUCUGCAAGAGGAAGACAACUUUAAAGAAGAAAGCAGAAGAACUAUCUAAGCUGUGCGGUGUUCCAGUAUGCCUCAUCUGUUUUGAGCCAGAUGGGACGAAGAUCGAUACGUGGCCUGAAGAUAAGAAGGAGGUUGGUGAUAUUCUCGUCAAAUAUAUAUAUAUACUUAAUAAAGAUAACAUCGAUCUACAGCUAGGGUUUAUGGACGCAAAUAACAAGAAUCAAGAUUUGGUGGCCAAGGAGGAAAGCUGCAAACACGAAGAGGAGAAGAAGAAGAAGAAGAAGAAGAGAGUGUUUGAAACAUGGAAUACAAGGCUUGAUUACUUACCUGAGGAAUGUUUACAUGAUAUUUUGAAGUUUCUGGAGCGGAAGGCAGAGAAUUUGGAGGAAAGAAUAAUGCAGAUGGCGAUGAUUAGGGUUUUAGCAGCAAAAUCCAACCAAUGCAUUACAUGA